UUCUUAGUGUCAUGCAUUUUCCUAGAUUUUUCAAACAAAUUCGGCAAAACUAAUUUCUUCAUUUGGAAGGAGGGGGUUUUAACCCGAAAACCACUCAACCCUCAAGAUCCGCCAGUGUUUCUACAUAUGCUUAAUAAAAAUUAUAGUACGUUACGUGCUAACUAUAUUUAGGUAUUUGAGGGCACAGUUAAUUCAUGGAAAAAAAAUAAACGAAAGAAAUUUAUCGCGUCCACUACCGUUACUUCUUUUCUGAACCGAGGUCCGUGUUUGUCGUAAAUUAUGGAUCCAUAAUUCCAUCUCAUCGAAAUUCAAUUUGCAAUUAUCCGGACAGAUUGAUCGGGGAUACGGUAUUCCAGAUGAUUCAUAUUAGAUUCCAGCCUAAUGGAGGCCAUUGCCGUGUAUCUCGUGCCUCGUCGCGUGCCAAACAGCUGUCAGCGUCACGUGUGUACGCGUAAAUGUCAGCGAAUACUAGUUUCCGAUAUGCUAAUUCAUGUUUUAACGAUUGAUUAACGACGACGAUGAAUAUUGAUGAGCCCCGAAGCGAAUGGAUUAUUUAAAGAUACAAAAACGCUGCAUUGUGCUGGAAGGACCCCCUUGGAUGAUCCUUGGCGCCGAUCCUAAUCCGUUCUGCGUGCAGCGCCUAAUAAAUACGUGACAUAAGUGUCGAAGACGUACUCACCGUCAUUGUCGUAACGACGUUGGCACGUCGCCUUACUUUCUUACGCAAGAUCUUUCGGCACCUACCAGCUGAUUCAAGGACAUUCGCCGCUUUAUUUCCAUUAUAAUUCUCGCCCUCGACCUCCGAAAGGCUCCGAAUAGGCGAAACCCGUUAUUGUGAUUAGAGUUUUCGAUGUGAUGUGUUACCCAAAUCCAAAGCCGGAAUAACUCUCGUGCUGUUUAAGUCCCCCUUAGGAUCUCUUACAGCUUACAGCUGCGAUGAGAAACGCAAAGUUUAUAAUCCACCGAGAUCAUCAUUUAAUAGUGAUGCCACGUUGUUUCUACUUCGUGUAUUUUUAUUUACACACGGAGGAAAUUUUCGUUGACUGAUGUACCGUAAUGGCAAUAAAAAUUACCAUAUUUUAUGGCACUGCUGGAAUAUGCUUGUAACUAAAACUCAAAGUUUAAUGUUGUGGCAAUCCAUUAGUAUAGUCUAUUUAGAUAUCUUUUUUUAAAUAUUUACCGUACGUACAAGAUAAUAUUUUUCACUUCCUUGCAGCUUUUUCUGGAUAUUACAAGCAUCAUUUUCGACAAAUUAAACCAUAUUGUUACUUUUUUUAUUUAUGACUGCUAAUAAAUUUAAUACAUCUUUUUCUCGUGUAUUUGAGGAAGAAUUUAAUUUUAAAUAUAUAUAAUUUUCUAUACAAGUUCUUCUUUACAAAGAGAUACAUUAUAAUAUAUGACUGGCUUAUUACUUGGAAGGAAAUUGUUUCACUCAAGUGUAAAGUAUAAGAAUACUUUAUUAAUUACUGCACUAGUAGUAGGAAUUUAUUGUUUCCUAUGGGGUUACAAUUUUACAUAAAAACAACUUUAUGAAAUAUUGUAAUUUGUGAUUUUCUUUUCUUUUUUUUCAGGAAAAGAUGAUCACCAGGCACUAUCAAAAUAAUAUUCUGCUCGUAAUGUUAUAUCUCUUCAUACGAAUGCCCGAUGAGACACAUGGUCACGGAAGAUUAAUGGAUCCUCCUUCGCGUAAUGCAAUGUGGCGGUUCGGAUAUGCAAACCCAGUAAACUACAACGACAACGAGCUCUUUUGCGGAGGAUACGCAGUGCAUUGGCAACAGAAUAAAGGAAAGUGCGGUGUUUGCGGCGAUGCGUAUCAUCUGACUCAACCGCGUCCGCACGAGGCGGGUGGCGAGUUCGCUAAGGGCAUCAUAGUUAGACACUACACCGUUGGCCAGGAAAUUGAAGUGGAGGUCGAGCUUACGGCCAAUCAUUACGGGAGAUUCGAGAUGUACCUGUGCCCUAACAACGAUCCGUCGCGCACGGCGACUCAGGAAUGCUUCGAUUCUUAUCCUUUGUACGUGUCUGGUACGGAAGAUGUCCGGUUUGAGAUUCCACGAGAAACGGGCAAGAAAGGGAUUAUUCGAUACAUGGUAACAUUACCGCCAUACGUGACAUGUUCGCAAUGUGUCGUUCAAUGGAACUACUUCACAGGCAACAUGUGGGGCACCUGCGAGAACGGCACGGAGGCUGUGGGAUGCGGCAGGCCGGAAACUUUUCGCAAUUGUGCCGAUGUGAGAAUCGUUACCAGCACUGGUGCGAUACCGCCGCGGAUCCUGUUCCAAAAUUCUCUUUUCCAAUUGUAUUCCGUAGCUCCGAAAUUGUCGAUUAUUCCGCUAGCUCGACCGCUCAGAGCUCAAGUGUGCGAGGCAACCGCGCCUUAUCGACAUCGGCAAAAUAUGAACGAUUGGUGUCAAGCGAAUUGCAUUCGUAUUCCGUCCAAUUGUCCGCCCGGUAUCUGUCGUUGUUUAAACACGUGUGACGCUAUUGGCGAUAUCGCUGAUAGACCAGGUGCGGAUCAAUAUUGCCUGAGACGUUGCAUGCGUUAUCCAUCGAAUUGCCCGACUGAUCGCUGCAACUGCUAUUGAAAUUGUAAACCGUCACCGGUAUUGACAUCCCACAUACAGCCACUAAAGCUGUGGUGUAUGAAUAUAUGCCUGAAUAGAUUAAUAAAAGCCUGAUCGUAGAGAGAAUCUCGCGCAGCUACACGCAAUUCUGUAGAAAAAUUUUAAUGCAUCUCAAUUAAACGAACUUAUCUUUCUUACCUUUUAGAUUUUUUUUCUUUCUUUUGGAAAAACUCUUGUCUUGAUUGUAAAAUGAAGAGCGAUAUACGUUCACUCUCCAAAACGUGAAAGAUGCUGAUGAAUGACGAGAGCUUGUGUAAUGGUACUAUAUUAUUUAAUAUUAGGACAUUCUAUUGAUAGAGCUUAAAAUUUUCACGCGUAUAUCACAUAUUAUAUACGUAACCAUCAACGUUCCCCGCGGUCUUACGCAUGACAUAUUAAUUAAUUAAUGCAACUAUGUUUAACGGAAUGAUGGCUCAUCGAUUUUAUGCGUCUUCGAUCACCAACGAGAACUCAUAAUUAAUUAUGCCAGCUAAAAAAACGUACGCGUUCGUACGUUUUCGCAACGUGUAUUUUGAGUGUGUGUGUGUGUGUGUGUGUAUAUGUAUGUAUAUGUAUAGAUCUCACUAUAUAUUAACACUUUACAAAACUAUAUACACUAAAGCUUCCUUUUUAUCGUCUACGUAAACAUGUCGGUGGCGAGUAACAUUUUCCUUUUGCUUGCUCUUCUCAUAUAUAUAAUUAUAUCGCUCUCACACGCGCAGUAUAAUAAUAAUAAUAAUCGUCGUCGAAGUGCGUAACAUUAGCGCGUCAAGUUAAAACUCGUGCUACGCCAAACUCUAGCGCGAGGUGUACAAUAAUACAAAGGUAUCUCUCGGUUUGUUACUUACUAAUCGCUAAGCAACUAAUUAAAGUCCGCGGCCCAUUUGCGGUCCACUCAUUUUUAUACACAAUCUCUUUUUUUAUCUCUCUAUUUUUCACACAGUUCUGCAUUUUAUCAUUAAUCCUCCCGUUUCCAUUUCCUAAUAUUACUUUUUAUUUCAAUGGAUGGCGAAGCAAAAUAUAUAAAGUACGUUAAUUUAUCGUUGUUUUUAUAUUUUAAUAAUAAAUAAAUCAAUCAACUAAGUGAUAGAUGAUGACUUGUCAUUGUAUUAUUGUGUUGUCAAGAUUUUCCAACUAAAUAUUAAAAAUCUAGAUAUUUUUAACGAAAUAUAGACAUUAUUUAGGAGACGGGAGGAUUAAUUAU